AUGGCGAAGUGGGUACCUUCCGAGGGCAAGAAGAAUGGCGAUUUCAACACCAAGCUUGCGAACCACAUGGUUAUGAGCCGGAAAGGGUUGCGCGUACUUUUGUCCACAUUGCGGGCUCGCUUGGCCCUUGUAGAGACCUUUUUGACAAAUAAAAGGGCACAUCUGAUAAACUAUGGGGUCGUUCCAAGUCAAGCGAUGUUUCGAUACGGUAAAAAGGGCAACGCGUUUGAGAAGCGUGAUGAAGAGCGAUUUGGUGAGUACAAAGCGUGUUUGGCAGCCGGUACUGAGAAGGUUAACACAAGUACACUGCACCCUCGCCAGAUUGUGAGGCAGUAUUAUGAGCGACAUGACAAUGAGGUUGAUGAGCUGUUGGAAGCCGGUUGGGAGGCGAUGAAGACCCAAAUGACAAAUGAAGAGAAGGAGAAUUUGGCGCAAAGCCUGGUGGUGUGCGAUGUGUCUGGGUCGAUGACAGCCAAUGGUGCUCUUCCAAUGAUUGUGUCCAUCACAAUGGGAUUGCUCAUUUCGAGCAUGAAUGCACAUCCCAGCUUUAAGGACCUGGUAAUCACUUUCUCCACAAAUCCGACCUUCCAUGAAGUGCAAGGGUCCAACUUGCGUGAGAGGAUAAACAGUGUCACAAGCGCCGAAUGGGGGGGUACCACGGACUUCCAGCGCACUUUGGUUAUGAUUCUAACGGCCGCGAAAAAAAUCGAAAUCGAAAACAGAAGAGAUGCCCAAAUCACUCAUUGUAUUAUUGGACAUGCAAUUCAAGCUGCGUAUGGCAGAGGAAACACAACUAACUUCAAGCUAAUGAAAAGGAAGUAUCGUGCUGCCGGUUACGCUAUGCCUCUGAUUGUAUUCUGGAAUUUGAAUAGGAAUAUCCGCGACUUCCCCUUGGGUGCCGAUGAACCCGGCGUGGCGCUUAUCUCUGGAUUCAGUGUAGAAAUACUCAGAGAUGUAAUGGCUGGGCAAGAGGUCACACCGUACUCCGUCAUGAGAAGUGCAUUGGGUAGACCUACCUGGGAUUGCAUUGAAAUGGCGCCCUCACCCAUUGCAACCGACAUUCCAGUCUUGUAA